AGGCACUUAAGAUGGCGGCCAUGCCCCUUGAGUGGGUUGGGAGUCUUUAUUUCUUCAUCCAGUCAAACCAGAUCCAACUUUCGAAUCUGUAUAAAGACCAAAAGCUGCGUCUGUACAGAGCGCUCAAUAGUGCCCUAUCAGGUAACUUUGAUUCUCCCUAAGGACUGAGCUGUUAGCUUGGCCAAAAUACUGUUUAUACUGUUCAUUGGAAAAUUAAAUAAAAAUUCAGACAAUCAGAUCCAGUGGAAAUAAGAGCAUGGCUCGGAUGGUGGGGUUUAGGGGAUGGCACUAAACUCAGUGACGCUAAAGAAGGAGCAUUUGUUCAGGGCAAAGAAUUGCAUUGGGAAGUCAGUGAUUGAACAGUCACAGAAAGUCUGAGUGGGGUUAGAAGGGGAGGGUCUUGCAAAGGCUGCAGACAAGAGAUCUGCAGCUUUUGAAAGUGUUUUUUAGAUAUAUCCCCAAUGAAAAUUGCAUAAUUAAAUGCAUGCAUGUUUUCAUUGGGCGGAAUACCUACUAAACAGUCUUUAAUUUUAAUUUGGGCAGUUAAAGAUCCCUUUUAAGAUGUCAUAAUGAGAAGAUUAUGUCACAACACUGGCUGCCCACUCAAACACUACAGGUGUCCUGUAGUGGUUAUGGUGACAGGAGUGCUCGCCCAUUGUAAGAAGUCAAGCGAUUUAACAAUGUACCCGGUGCCCACUGUGCACUGUUCCUGCCUCAACUACUGUAGACAGAGAAUCAGAGGCAGUCUGUCUGAGCUAAGCCUGGCAGUGUAAAGCUUAGCUCAUUGGUGGAGAUAAGUUAGCUGACCUCUCCACUGGCAGUAGUGGAGUUAGAGAAUGGACUCGAGGUAAGAAAUCAAACCAUUCUAAAACGGUUUGACUGCUUACAAUCGGGCACUACUGGAACCAUAACCACAACAGCAUGUUUUAGUGGUUAUGGUGCUUGGAGUUUAUCUUUAAGACUAACAUUCUUUGUACUGAUGCACAAAUAAUCCAAGGGAAACUGUCACAUCUCUAAAAAAUAUACCAUUGAGUAAAACUUUAAAAAUCACCUAUAACUCCUCAUGUUAACCUUUUUAUCAUGUAGUGUUCUGUUUUAAAUCUAUAUUAAAGAUGUAGAAAUUGACAUCACACUAUAGUUCUGUUAAUGCAUAGCCAAAGUGAACCUGUCAAGACCGUUUUCAAACCAUCUGGCUUGACCCCUAUCGUGCAGUUAGGUGUUUCUUCCCUAAAUAAUGUUAAAAGCUCAUAUUUUAAUUUAUUUCCAUUACCUGUCUCCUGCUGAGACCAAUCAAUCAUAUUUACAGUGGGUGUUACACUUGCUGUAAGACACACGUCUCCUUCUUACCAUUUGGGAAGCACAGACUUGCUUCCCAUUAUAUGUUAAAAGUCUCCAUCCCUUUAUGUUGGCUUUGUGUUAAUAAACCUCAUCUGUUCUCUCUUUCCAUUCUCCGAUUGUCUGUCCAAAACCGCUGCAAUAAAUAAUUCUGGCUGUUUUUCUCCCCUAUACAUGCUUGCAGCUGAUACUGCUCUGUUGCAGACCCUUUGAUAUUAGGGGUCUGAUUGGUCGUGCAGCCAGGGGCGGGAUGUUCUGAGAAAUGUUAGGUGACUUACUAAUAACAAUUGCAACUUACUAAUAAUAUGUAACUAAAAUGUAGUUUAGAACAAGAACAAUGUAUCUUAUUUACACAGACUGAUUUCUUAACACAUUAAUUGUAGUUUAAAGUCACAUUACUGGGAGUAAUAUUGCUGUUAAACUGGUUAUACACUCAUACACACCAAUAUUAUAUUUGAGGGAUUUGGGCCCAAAAUAGGGACUGUGCCUCCUAAAUAGGGACACUUGGGAUGUAUUAUAUUCCCCUCCUGGUCAUUGAUUAUUUCUGCCUGACAAAUCAAACAAUGACUGACACGGAGCCAGGAUGGAGGUGUUCAGUCCUAUGAAAUCAAUAAAUACAGCCGUGUAGAUUUCUACAUUUAAUAUUUUUAUUAGAACUCACAGAUACAUAUUUGUUCAGCAUAUGGGAUAAGUAAAUAUAAUCUGAAAAAAAAUCAUUUAAAUAUAGAUUUUGAUAGCAUAAGAGACCACUGAUCCCUCUCACCCGUUCCUAUAAACUGUCAUACAAAGUUUGCUGGUUUAAUUUUGCGGAUACAUUCUCAUGCCAAUAAGUCCUAAAUGCAUUUUGUGUACUUUGUUCACCCAGGUGGUCCCUGAACCUUUCUCUGACUCCUGACUCUUUCUCUGCAGUUGUAAAAUAAAUAUAUAGUUUGUAUCGCUCGUAUUGUUUUACCUAUUGGGAGCUUGGACUCUCUUCCUUUUCCAGAAGUUUACAAUCUUUUCCUUUACUUUUGGUUAGAGUCCAGUGAAAACUGUGAAGGCUCCAUAGAGAUAUUAAAGAUUCACACGAGUGACGUGAACCUGAUCCUGUAUCUAAAAUUCUGCAGCCAGCGGCUAUGCCAGAGAUUUCUCCAGGAUUACAAAGAACACAGGGUGCACGAGCGCAUACAGAAUAAUCUGGAGUCUGACUUCUCGCAAGGAACAGUGCAGGUGACUCUAGAGCUCAAGGUUGACACUGCGACCCUCGAUGACCUACUGGACAAAGAAGAUCAGUGCCUGAAACACAUUGCUUCAUUAAAGGUAAUUUCUUCCAUUACAGAUGAUCAUCCUACCAUUAGCGUGGUAGUUGGAAAACGCACACUUUUUUUUUUUUGCGCAUUACAAUUAUCAGACCAGGUUCCUUUAACAUGGCUUAAUUUUAUAAAAGUACCAAUUUCAAGAGAAGUUAACAUUUUCAUAAAUCCCCUUAUUAAUACUUCGUGGCUGUCAAACAGAUACCCAGAUUUCCUGCCCAACUCCCCUGCAACAAAGAAAACAUCAGCAUUAAAGUUAUUAACAAACACCAAGGUAUAUUUAAAGAAAGAACACAAAGAUAUUUUAUACCUGACAAACCUAAAAUAGUCUUUAGACAGUCUUGUAGCAUUAGAAGAAAAAUAGCAAAAAGUUUUUAAAAAACCAUCUCCUAAAAGUGCUUUUUUUUAAAAAAAUUUUUUUUUUUUAAAGAGAGAUUAAUUUUUUUUUUUUAAAGUCAUUCUUUCCUGGCCUGUAGGCCAGUCAGUGGUUGAAGUGGAGCCGUACAAGACUCAUAUUCCUUCGGUCAACAUAUUGUGCAAAGCCUAGGUUGGUCUGGAAAUUAACAAUAGAAGACAGAUUUAAAUAAUGCCUUAGUUCAACAACAAAUAUCAAAUGAUAACCCAUCUGGAGAAAAGGAAUGUACUUCCAAAUCACAGAUGUCCGAAACUCUCUUACAGGAGAUCAAACAUAUGAGCAAAGCCCGGAAAUGGUACAGGAAAACAGAGCUUUCUAGGUGUCCUCAAAUUUGUAUGGUGGUGAGUCAAUGUGGAAAACAGAAAACCGAAUAUAGUGUAGUAUAUUCUAGACUUGGUGAGGUAAAAUAAGAGAAAUGCCACUUAAAAUUUUCUGGAGCUUAUGUACAGCUCCCGAUAUGUGUGCCUGGGCAGUAUGAUCCUUGCCUGUGGAUAUGUUGCUCAGCUUGGUUCCUUGAAGAUGGUAGGUCAGGGUGAACUUCGUGAAGCACCACAGGCAGAUGACAGACCAAAAGGAAGGCCACUACUGACUCUGCCACAUGAAUUGAAGCUAGUCAUGAUGAUCUUCGGCACUGUCCAGUAAACAUCUUUUAGAUCUUAUUUGACCAUCAAGUCCACUGGCUGGAGUAGGUCUUGAGACAGUAAAUGCCAUCUUGUAGUGAUGGUAUGUGACAGAAGCAUUCAGAGGUUUGAUAUUGAUGACUGGACAAACUCUGCCUCCUUUCUUGGGAACCAGGAAUAUAUUGCUGACAAAUCCUGUGGAGUUGUCCAGAAUCCUCUCGAGAACAUCCUUUGCUUCGAGCUCCGCAAUCUCUUUGGAUACCAGGGCCCUGUCUAGAGAAGACAAAAGGAUCUUAGGCAAGAUAUUGUACAGGUAACGCCACAAAUUCUAUACGAAGUCUCAGUACUGUUUGAAGUACCCACACAUCUGAUGUUACAAUGGGCCAAGGUUCAGAAAAAUACAGUCUGCCACCCACUCCUUUAGGGAUAAAAGCACAGGUUAGAGAACUUACCACAUGGUGGACGUCUGUAAUUCGCACCUUUGGAGUCUCUAUUGAGCAGAAAAAAACCUUUUAGCAAAUAUCUUGUGCACGUUGGUUUGCACCUUGUCUAUAGACGUGAAAGUAUGCAUGUGGGUUUAGUUCAUUCAUGAAAGACUCCCCAAAUAAUAAUCCCUUGGAAAAAGCCCUGGGCUCCUUGAAUAGCAGACUCACGGUCUUAGGCUCAGUCUUGAACAGAAUUGCCUUACGGUGCUCUGUAGCUAGUGCCAUGGAUCCACUGUGCAACCAUGACCUGGUACAGCAUCUGUUUAGAGGCAUUCACCUCCUCCACCAUUUGAAACAUUUUAGCUAGAGGGCCCCAAGUGUCCAACAAUUUGUCCGGGCAAUUACGCAGGGAAUAUUCCACCUUUUUUAGGUUUCCAGCAAACUUUAUCUAACAAUUGAACAAUUUGUGGAUCCACCUCUGGGAUGAGACACUUUAUCACGUAUGAGUGGAUUAGGGCAUUCUUCUCUCAUCUUAUCCCGACUAGCCUUUUCCAAAGGCUUACGGAUCGUAAUGCCAAGUAUUGGGCUGUAUGGUCAGAGGGAGCCCACUCCAUUGAACGUGGAUGACAUAUGUCGUUCGUGUCAAAGAGUGGUUCCCACAGGGGAUUUAUGACCUCCCCCACUUCUGGAAUCUUGGCUUUGGUGUAUUGAUCUCCAGCUGGCUUGUCCAGGAAAACCUGAUCUGUCUGCUCAGGUUCUUCCGAAGGCAGGUCACUUAGGUAUUCUGAGUAAGAGUCAUAUGAAGCCUCCUAUUUAAGAGACAUUUUUUGCCUGGCUCCAGGUUAUCCGGCAUGGUGCUAGGACGCCAUCAACUAGUGGUGUACUGUUUUUUAAAGGAAUCGUGGAGGUAUGCUUGUGUUUUUCCAGUGCUUUACAGCCAGAAGGCUUAUGCUUUUGGUCCUUGGCUAGAGGGGCCUGCAGUAGAGCCUGGGUAAUAAUAUGGAAGAUAGAGGAAGACAUCAUCCUCAUAGUGUAAGUCAAGCCCUGCAUCACCAAUCUCAUCAUAGUGGAAUCCAAUAGAGCCUGGAAUUCCUCUGAAGCGGAAAUACCCACUUCAUCCCCUGAGUUAAUGAGAGAGAAUCUGUCAGACAUGCCUGGCAGAGGUGACUGGGGGAUAUUAUCAUUAGGUGACUGCAUUGCAGUAAUCACAGUGGAACAAGAGCUAUGAAUAAAACUGAUCAAAGCAAUAUUGGCAGACAGUAGAGGAUGCUCUAGACACUGGAUUGACCAGAUGGUCAAAACCACAGGUCAAAAGCAGUGGCACAUAAAGCCACAGCACAAAAGCAGUGGUACACAGAUGUGGGGGCUGAUAAGCAACCAACAGGGACAAUGCAAGCCUUGCACAGUCCCUAUUAGUGAGAGAAUAGAUGCCCUACUAAGCAACACUAUCCACCAAAACAGGGUUGAGUAACCCACAAUCUGUAUCAAAAUUAGCUAAAUGAGAGAGGGGGGGUUCCCCUGAAGCGGAGUGCAAAUGAGUAGUUAGGCAGAACAGAGCAGGAGCAGUCAAACAUCAGUCACCAACAGAUGGAGGAGACAAUUCCAAUGUUUUAGCAGGCCUGUCAGUCAAUGUUUUAGCAGGCUUGUGAGGCAAGAUGGCCACCAUACACAUGCAUACACGAAUGAGCACGUCCCCUGCGAAUUGGCCACUGCGCAUGAAAAGAGAGCGCCUGCAUGGCCAACACCACCAAAAUGGCCACCAUGCAGCUACCAACUAGACAUCGCAUCACACCAGAGCCUAAAAAACGGUGAAGACGAGAAAACACCAGGGCACUAAACAGCAAGUAAAAGAUGAUAAACACAGAUAGACAAUAAUUGAUUAACACUACAAUUUGUGUCUUUGGGUACUAGCUACUAUGAAAAAAAAGCCCAGGUAACCAAUAUGCUUCACUGAGGGAUCAGGAAAUAAAGGGGGAGUGAUGUAAUAGCUUUUUAUGUCCUUGGGUGUGGCCCCUGUCGCUAGGUCACAUAAUGUUUUACCCAUUUUGUUCAAUAUUUUGUUUGUCUUUUUUCCAACAAUGUUUUCUUUGCUGCUGAGGGAAUUAAAGCUCACCUCCAUGUCUAAAAAAAUCCAUAUCACAUUAGUAAAUUAAAAAAUUUUUUUUUUUUUUUUUUAAAUUCAUAAUAGUUUUGCCACUUCCCUCAUGUGAAUAGCCCUUUAUGAUAUUCUCACGGUUUAGUGGUUACAUUACUCAAGAUCAGAACAUAAAGUGACAAUUGCCAGGAAUUCAGAGUGAAUUUCAAAUGUUAGGCCAAAAUAGCAAAAUUAGAACAUCUAUUUUCAGCUUACUUAUUUUGGCCUUAAUUUUAAUUCUCACUUUAGUGAAUAACUGCUGUGAUCGACUUUAUUGAUUUUUUUACAUCAUUAAUCCAAGAUUUUCUGAAAUUUCCAGCCCACCUACCAGAAGGAUGACGAGCUAGUCGAGCUGGACAGCAUGUUUACAAAUAUGACGUUGGAUCUGAAUGCUGAGAUAAACAAUGCGGCUUCCUCUGAGAGCUCCAGUACCAACUCUACUCCGAACUCCUUACAUUCUAACAUGAACGUUCCAACUGAAACAAGCACGUUUCAAUUUCAAGACCAAGAGUAUGGUGAGUUAUAUGGAUGAACAGAAAUACAACAUAUGUUUGUAAAACUACUGGACCCCCAUGAACAAGUAUUCAGGUUGUGAAGGCUGAGGGGCCAGAGCAUUAGGCAAAAUUCUAUUUGUAGUAUAGACACUGCUUCCCUGUCAUAUGUUUAUCACCCAGUUCUCUGCUGGAGCAAGGCUGUGCAAGUCACAUGCUGGGAGGCGUGACUAAGGCUGCAUAAUCAAAGUGAUUUAACCCCUUAAUAGCACAGAAUAUAUUAGUAAUACUGCAGGAGCUUGAUCUAAAUAUAUUUAUAAUAUUUUUAUUGAGGAAAAAAAAAACUAAACGAUACAAAUUGAGAAUUCAAAGUGAUUUCAAGUGGAAUUUGAAAUUUAAUGCCAACAAGCCGAGGGACAUUGGUGCUGGAUUCAGGUAAGUGACUGAAGGAGUUUUUAGCCCUUCGGCGCCAUGGUAAAAACUCCAGGAGCCUAUAGUGCCAGGAAAUCGUGUUUGUUUUCCUGCCACUAUAGGAUCCCUUUAAUGAAACCGUUUUGGUGUAUAUGUAUGGAUCAAGCUCCUGCAGUAUUAAGAAUAUAUUCUGUGCCAUUAAGGCUUUAAAUCACUUUGAUUAUACAGCUUAGUCACACCUCCCUGCAUGUGACUUGCACAGCCUCCCUGAACACUUCCUGAAAAGGAGCCUAUAUAUUUUAGGUUCCUGUAUUGUACAGUCUAAUCUAGAAAUUCUUAUCUCCUGCUCUGUUAAUAGUCUUCUAAAGCCUACAGGAGCCUCCUAUGUUUGACUAAAGCUCAAUUUACAGAGAGGCAGAUACAAUUGUUUAAAGCACUAACAUCUAAUUGAAAAUGCAUCCUUUUUUUCAUGUAGGUUAUGUGGCUAGGACUGUGUAAACAGAAACAGUAACAAUAGUGAUGUAGGUCUUUAAUGACAGAUAAUUGAGCAGUGAGACUGUGGGGGAAUGAUCUAUACACAGCAUCUGCUAUAGUGUCCCUUUAAUAUUCAAAGUACAUUUUGUCUACAUGGUAACAGGUGUCUCUUGCGUGUUAUAUGUGCAUUCUUCUGCAUGAUAGUACUAACAUAUUUGACUCUUUCAGUUGAUAGUUUGCCACAUCUGAUGUUACAAUAGGCCACAGUUGGGAAAAAUACAGUCUGCCACCCACUCCUUUAGGGAUAAAAGCAGAGGUUAGAGAACUUACCACAUGGAAUCUGGGAUUCGAACCUUUGGAGUCUCUAGUGAGCAAAAAAAAAACCCUAUUAGCAAAUAUCUUGUGGACGUUGGUUUCCACCUUAAACAAAUACAGAUACAAGUCGGGCGCUUCAAUACGUAAUAAUAAAUCUAUGCAGAGAUGGGUGAAAAAAGGUGUUGCCCCCACAUCUUCAUACAAAUAGAAAAAUAGCACCAACAACAAAGUGUAAAAAACACAGAGUGAGAGUGCACCCUUCAAGCAAGAUAUAAAUAUAAAAUAAGUAAAUACUUAUGCAUAUACAUCAAUGGCAGGAUGGUCAUAAACAAUACCUAAAAAACAAUAACACAAAACAUAGUGUGUACUGCCAAUAUACAAGUGAGUGUAGAUGAAUAAUUGGUUCAACUCAUAGAUUCCAGAGCCGUGCCAGGCUCUGUAUAGAAAGCCCAAGGGUGCCUAAACAGGCUAAAACGAUUGACAUUGGACCACUGGAAUCAGAUGGAUCACGGAGAUAGGAGGAGCCACAUCAGCAAAUGAGUGGAUCAAAUAACUUUAUUCAGUAAAAAAGCAAAGUAUAAAAUAGGCUUACAAAAAAAGCAGAGAACAGACGCGUUUCGACUUGUCUUUAUCAAUGUCUCUAUAUGUAUCCUGUAUGCUGCUGUUUAAAUAUCGUUUAAAAUUGCCACAAAAAUCUUCAUCUGUGCGGUCCGGUGUGGCGGGUGAUGUACCUUCCGGUGCGCAAAGUCCAUGCGUCAUAUCCGGUCCGGAAAAGAUGACGUAAUUUCCUCUAAUCUUGGGUAUCUAUAGUUCAUAAGAAUCGGUCGCCAUCUUAGGUGAGGGCAACAUGCCCUUAUGCACAUAUGUAUAUCAUUUAACCAUAAAAUUAUACAUAAAAGAAUUUAAAAAAAACCAGAAAACAAACGAAGGUAUAACCCCAUAUUUCUGUAAGAGAUAAAACACAGUAAGGAUGCAUCCAAAAAUAAAAUACAUGUUAGUAUAUUGGCAAUCAGAAUGUUACUAUGGUCAUACCAUCAUAUGACUAACAUAUUUACUAAUAUAUUUGACUCUUUCAGUUGAUAUUCCUCUGACAUCAGAACAUCGGCAGAAGUUUGCCACAUUAGUGGGGAAGAACUGGAAGAAGGUGGGACGAUCCUUGAGUUUAACCUGCCGGGCUUUGCGUGAUCCUGCUAUAGAGAACCUGGCAUUCGAUUAUAACUCAGAGGGUCUGUAUGAACAGGCAUACCAGUUACUCAACCGAUUUAUGAUGGGCGAAGGGAAGAAAGCCACAUUAAAAAGACUAGUUGAGGCACUAGUGGAAAAUGAAUUGAAUAAUAUAGUGGAGGCCCUGUUAACCGAGAAGCAGAAUGGACUGAAGUAAAGGACUAAUGUAUUGGAGGUUUGUCAGUGUUCUCCAUAAUAUUUUGCACGGAAUCCAUGUUGCCUAUAAAAAGCUGUAGAUUUCUACGUUUUAAUUAAAAGGGUCACUUGUGUGCCCCUCUCAAGCACACAUCCCUCUCCAGGAAUUGGUUUGACAACACUGGCACAGAGCAUGGCAAGAUCAAAAAAUAAACAUUAAAUGUUCAAAGCCAGAACUUUGAGACUUGCCUUGGUGCAUCCACAGACUGGACAUUGAAUGUCUUCACCGAUGGGACCUACAGGAAUGUCAUUCUUUAAUAUAGAGUACUUCUGAUUUAGAAUUAUGUUAAAUUUCAGUUGUGGUAAAAUGUUCUUUAUAUGUAAUUACACUUCUGUGAUCUCUAUCACUUAUUUUUAUUCGUGGACUUCAACUGCUAUGAUGUCUCACGUAGAGUUCCAGAGCUUGCAUAUCCCAAGAGAAAACUAGUGACGUCCCUAUAUCAUACACGUGGAUGUAUAUUUACGGAGAUACUUGUCUGCAGUAGAAAUUCCUAUUUGGGCUAAUUCACUAAAAUGGUAAUCAGGGUAAAUUCUAAUUUAUUUUAUGCUCAAGGCCAAUCCACUAGAAUAGUAGAAAGGUUUAGUGAAUGAGAUUGAUGAAGCGUAGAACAUUGUAUUCACCACCAUGAAAAAUUCUCUUUUUUUUUUUUUUACUUUUUGAAAAUUUCAGUGAGAUUAAAUUUUUUUCCAUCUCUUAUUUAAGCAUGGGUAGUGGACAGAAUAUCUGGGAUUAAUAAUCAGAAUGACUUGUAUGAGAUCCCCUCUAUGAUUGAUCAAUUCCUAAAAUGAGUAUGUUCACCCAAAACGCACCCAAGUGGGACAUCUCUGUUAACAUGACUGUAUAAUUAAUUCAACACCUUCAUUUAUUCCACCCUUUGAUCAGAUGUAUAGCAAAGUAGGAUUUGUAAUAAAAUGCACUAACCUGGUCUAUUUGGAGGUAAAAAUCUAUUAACGGUUUUAAAAUAUGCUGGUUUAUUAAAUCUUCGGGAGGAUAAAAGAACCCUCAAUGUCUCUGAAUAGUUUCGGGAACAUGUAAAUCAUACAAAAGUUCACAGUUUUAGAUUAUCUAAAUUUCUGUGCCACAAUAUUUACUAUACAGCAAUGGGCACUUGGUUGAAAGCUUAGUAAGCAUGUGAUAUUAGGUAUCUUUAUCCUGCUAAUUUCACACUUCUAUACUAACACAGUGCUGUAGGGUAUUUAUACAAAAUUUACUGCUCUUUUGAUCAACGCAAAUAUAAACUUUACUACAAAAAAAAAAAUGCAUUUGUUUUAAUAGGUGACGGUGAAGAGAGCUUUUACCAAAUAUUUUUUUUUUUUUUUUUUUUAAAUGAGUAUGUAGAUGGAGUUUUUGUAUAUGAAGGUUAUUGUAUUAUAGCUUUAUUAUUGGAAUUGUCCAAUUUAGGGGUUUAUUUGCAUAAGAUUUUUUUGGAGUAAGAUGCUAUUCGAGUACCAGCUACUACUACUCAAUGUAAAAGGAGGACAAAUUCAGGAAUUCAAUUUAGAAAUGCCUUUUCUCACUAAAUAGUGCACUGUGGUAAGUGAAUGACUUCAGAUCAAAGAUUGGGGGGGGGGGGGGGGGAGUUCCAACUCCACAAAGCACAGGACCUCCAACUAUCCUUUUAACUAUAUUUUGCAACAUUACUUUUAGCUCAACUUAAUCGAGGUUUUUUGAUCCAAGGCUUCCGUGCAUUCAGCUACUUGGGCGACCAAUCAAUACAUUUGACCUCUUCUACACAAUGUGAAUCGUUAGGAAUUCAAAGUAAAUUUCAAAUUGUAGAGCAAAAAAAAAGCUAACUUUUAAACAAAACAGACUUGGAGAAUUUUUCUAAUUCCUUUUGGAUUCCCAGGAAUCCACAGUUUAGGGAAUAAUCCUUCCAAAGUGAUAAUUCUCCACAUUUCUAGAUUUUACCCAAAAUGUCUCCCAUAUCAGACCAGCUAUUGGUUUUGCAUAUAGAAUGCUCAUUCCGGUGUUUCUGGUUAAAGAUCACAAUUGAUAACAGGUAAAGACCUAUCAAUUUACAGUUUCUGUAUCAGCCAAAUACUGGUUAUAUAUUAAAGGGUCACUAUAGUCACCUAAACAACUUUAGCUUAAUGAAACAGUUUUAGUGUAUAGAUCAUGCUUCUCAUGUUUUACUGCUCAAUUCACUGCCAUUUAGGUGCAUGUUCUGUACACCAAAACUGCUUCAUUAAGCUAAAGUUGUUUUGGUGACUAUAGUAGCCCUUUAAGGAAUAACUUAUUCCAUAGCUGUAUCCAAUAAUUGUGAAAAACUGAAAACUUUCAGAUUUUGUGCCAAAAUGUGGGGAAGACCAAUUUGGUGAUUUUUUUUUUUUUUUGCCUUAAAAUUUAUCUAUUUCAUGCCAUUUCACCAUUCUCAUCUUAGUUAAUAAACCCCAUUACUGUUGCAUGUUAUAUUCUACAUUACAUCAACGUAUAGCUAAAUAUUUACUCAACAUGGAGUGACAUGUACAGCGUUAUUUACAAAUGUGAAACUCACUUUGAAUUCCCAACAAUUCCAAGCCAAUAUAGGUAUUUAGGGAUAUGUAUUGCGUCCUUAAAGGACCACUGUAGUGCCAGGAAAACAUACUCGUUUUCCUGGCACUAUAGUGCCCUGAGGGUGCCCCCACCCUCAGGGUCCCCCUCCCGCCCGGCUCUGGAAGGGGGAAAGGGGUUUAAACUUACCUUUUUCUAGCGCUGGGCGGAGAGCUCUCCUCUUCCGAUCCUCCUCCGUUCCGCCCCGUCGGCUGAAUGCGCACGCGCGGCAAGAGCUGCGCACGCAUUCAGCCGUUCGCAUAGGAAAGCAUUUACAAUGCUUUCCUAUGGACGCUGGCGUGCUCUCACUGUGAAAAUCACAGUGAGAAACACGCAAGCGCCUCUAGUGGCUGUCAAUGAGACAGCCACUAGAGGAUUUGAGGGCUGGAUUAACCCAUUUAUAAACAUAGCAGUUUCUCUGAAACUGCUAUGUUUAUAAAAAAAAUGGGUUAACCCUAGAAGGACCUGGCACCCAGACCACUUCAUUAAGCUGAAGUGGUCUGGGUGCCUAGAGUGGUCCUUUAAUUUUGAAACACUUUGAAUUCCAAAUUCACGGCAACACUCACAUUCGUAAAUAACCCUGUCAGUAAAUAUUACUUUUCAGCAACAAGUUUCAUGAAGUCACAAAAUAGCCCUAUGUACGCAGCAAAGUACUUAAAGGGCUACUCCACACACCAUGAUUCCUUCAGUGAUUUGAAGUGGUCAUGGUGCCUGGAGUCUAUAUGUGCAGUAUGUCACUAUGAAAUGCUGCACAUACAGAGUUUAUCCCCUCUGCUGCUGAAGGUGUAACUCCAUCUCCGGCUGAGUCAUGUGGGUGUCAUUAACCAGCCCGGGACAAGAGGUUUUUGUUUUAAUUAAGGAUUCUACACUAUAAAUAUGAUGAAUCAGUGGUGGGUAUUUUUAAGAUUAUAAAUAUAUAUUUUUAUUGGAUAGGGUAUAUUGCAAUAAUUUUUAAUUCAUUUUUCUGAAAUAAUUGCCAAUAUGUUAUGUCACCAGCAGUUUCAAUUGUUAUUCUUGCAAGUCAACUCAGGGAAAAAAAUUAUUAGGGAGCGGCCAUUUUUAUAUUCUAAAGCUGUACAGCAGAGGAACCUUUUAGUUCUGUCAUCUCAAAUUAAACAUCCUUAUUGUUUGUGAUACCUUUACAUUGGGGUUUAUGUGUGUUUUAUGUUAUAUUGUGAGGUGUUCACUUUUCAUGCAGUUCUGAUGACACUUUUCCCAAUUGUGCAAAUUAAUUCCCGUAUAUAUAUAUAUAUGACAAAAAUAUUCCUUAGUGCUCGUUUUCAUCAUUUUAAUUUUCUGUUUUCAUAUUUGUGUAAAAAAAAAAUUUAAAAAAUCAUUCAAACGGUGCUAGUAAUAUUGCUCAUUUGACUGAUUUUGUGAAUGUAAUUAAUAGUAAAGAUGGCUUAUUUUGGCAUGCUACAGCCAUGAAAACUAAAAACACGGCACUACCUUAACAUUCUAUAUAGAAUAUGGCGAGUGUGCACAAACUUUGCACAAAUGUGAAAACAAACCGGACACUUUUUAUACAUAACCCCCAAUGUAUAAACAGUGUUUUAGAUCAUUUCAGUUACCUUACAGGCAUCUCAAAAGGUUACCAUCAGUAACCUAGAAAAACAAAAUGGCCGCUCUCUGGAGAUAUAUUGUUUGGAAGUGUUGAAUUCAAACAUAAUGAUGGAAGGAAAACAUAUUUCCCUUGAAAGUUAUUCUGGUGCUUCAGUACUGGUGUAUUUGUUGGACGUUGUUUCCAAAUUUGUAUAGGAAUGCCUGUAAUAAACUGGAUAAUGUUCUCAAUCUCUACA